GAGCGCAUGGGCCGCGCCGCGCCGCUCCCGGAGCCGGGCCGGGGCGCCGCCGCCGCCGCCGCCGCCGCCGUCGCGGGACAGAUUGAUUCACUUUGGAGCUGUAAGUACUGAUGUAUUAGGGUGCAGCGCUCAUUGUUCAUUGACGCACAGAGUCCCAAAAUGAAUAUCCAAGAGCAGGGUUUCCCUUUGGACCUCGGAGCAAGUUUCACCGAAGAUGCCCCGCGCCCCCCAGUGCCUGGUGAGGAGGGUGAACUGGUGUCCACAGACCCCAGGCCCGUCAGCCACAGCUUCUGCUCCGGGAAAGGUGCCGGGGUCAAAGGUGAGACUUCAGCAGCCACUCCGAGGCGCUCCGACCUGGACCUGGGGUACGAGCCUGAGGGCAGCGCCUCCCCCACCCCGCCAUACUUGAAGUGGGCUGAGUCGCUGCACUCCCUGCUGGACGAUCAGGACGGGAUAAACCUGUUUAGGACUUUCCUGAAGCAGGAGGACUGUGCUGACCUGCUGGACUUCUGGUUUGCCUGCAGCGGCUUCAGGAAGCUGGAGCCCUGUGACUCGAACGAGGAGAAGAGGCUGAAGCUGGCCAAGGCCAUCUACCGCAAGUACAUCCUCGAUAACAACGGCAUCGUGUCCCGCCAGACCAAGCCGGCCACCAAGAGCUUCAUAAAGGACUGCAUCGUCAAGCAGCUCAUCGAUCCGGCCAUGUUUGACCAGGCGCAGACGGAGAUCCAGUCCACCAUGGAGGAGAACACCUACCCCUCUUUCCUCAAGUCUGAUAUUUAUUUGGAAUACACGAGGACAGGCUCGGAGAGCCCGAAGCUCUGUAGCGACCAGAGCUCUGGGUCAGGGACGGGGAAGGGCAUACCCGGCUACCUGCCCACUCUGAAUGAAGAUGAGGAAUGGAAGUGUGACCAAGAGCAGGACGAAGAUGGUGGCAGAGACCCUGCUCCCCCCGGCAGGCUCACACAGAAGCUGCUUCUGGAGACAGCCGCCCCGCGGGCCUCCUCAAGUAGACGGUACAGCGAAGGCAGAGAAUUCAGGUGUGGGUCCUGGCGGGAGCCUGUGCAUCCCUACUACGUCAGCUCCGGCUACGCCCUCGCCCCGGCCACCAGCGCCAAUGACAGCGAGCAGCAGAGCCUGUCCAGUGACGCCGACAGCCUGUCCCUCACCGACAGCAGCGUGGAUGGAAUCCCACCGUACAGGAUCCGCAAGCAGCACCGCCGGGAGAUGCAGGAGAGCGUCCAGGUCAACGGGCGGGUGCCUCUACCUCACAUUCCUCGCACUUACCGAAUGCCAAAGGAAAUCCGUGUGGAGCCCCAGAAGUUCGCCGCGGAGCUCAUCCACCGCCUGGAGGCCAUCCAGCGGACGCGGGAGGCCGAGGAGAAGCUGGAGGAGCGGCUGAAACGCGUCCGGAUGGAGGAAGAAGGAGAGGAUGGUGAUGUGCCCUCAGGCCCCCUGGGGGCCAUUCAUAAGCUGCCUUUGGCCCCCACCUGGCACCACUUUCCCCCCCGCUAUGCAGACGUGUCCUGCGUGGGACUGCGGGACGCGCACGAGGAGAACCCCGAAAGCAUCCUGGAUGAGCACGUGCAGCGGGUCAUGAGAACGCCUGGCUGUCAGUCACCAGGGCCCGGCCAUCGUUCCCCUGACAAUGCCCAUGUGCCCAAGAUCGUGGGGGUGCUGGGGGGUGUGCCCUCUGGGCACGGUAAGCACGCACCCAAGUCAGGGGCGAAGCUGGACACGGCUGGCCCGCACCUUCACAGGCACAGCCACCACCACAGUCACCACAGUGCCGCCAGGCCCAAGGAGCAGGCCGACGUGGAGGCUGCCCGCCGGGUCCAGGGCAGCUUUGCAUGGGGCCCGGAGCUGCACGGCCACACAGCCAAGCCCCGUAGCCACUCGGAGAGCGUGGGUGCUGCCCCCAAUGCCAGCGACAGCCUGGCCUACAGCGGGAAGGCCGGCACUGCCUCCAGGAGGAAUGCCAAGAAGGCCGAGUCAGGGAAGAACGCCGGCACUGAGGUGCCCGGCCCGUCGGAGGACACAGACAAGAAUCAGAAGAUCAUGCAGUGGAUCAUUGAGGGGGAGAAGGAGAUCAGCAGGCACCGCAAGGCGGGCCACGGGUCCUCUGGUGCCAAGAAGCAGCAGGUGCAUGAGAGCUCCAGGCCCCUGUCUGUCGAGCGUCCCGGGGCUGUGCAUCCCUGGGUCAGCGCUCAGCUCCGGAACUCCGUCCAGCCGUCUCACCUAUUCAUUCAAGACCCCACCAUGCCACCCAACCCGGCCCCCAACCCUCUGACCCAGCUGGAGGAGGCCCGCAGGCGUCUGGAGGAGGAAGAGAAGAGAGCCAGCAAGUUACCUUCCAAGCAGAGGUAUGUACAGGAGGUCAUCCAGCGGGGGCGCUCCUGCGUCAGGCCAACGUGCACACCUGUGCUGAGCGUGGUGCCAGCCGUGUCGGACUUGGAGCUCUCCGAGACAGAGACAAAGUCACAGAGGAAGGCGGGCAGUGGGAGCACGCAGCCGUGUGACAGCAUCGUGGUGGCCUACUACUUCUGUGGGGAGCCCAUCCCCUACCGGACGCUGGUGCGGGGCCGAGCAGUCACCCUCGGCCAGUUCAAGGAGCUGCUGACCAAGAAGGGCAACUACAGAUACUACUUCAAGAAAGUGAGCGACGAGUUUGACUGCGGCGUGGUGUUCGAGGAGGUUCGCGAGGACGAGGCGGUGCUGCCCGUCUUCGAGGAGAAGAUCAUCGGCAAAGUGGAGAAGGUGGACUGAGCGCCGGCCUGGCGUCCGCGCCGCCUCGGGCCCGGGCAGGGACGCAGCGUCCGAGCAGGGCAGGCGCCCGGCGGGCUGGAGGCCCGUCCUGGGGGCCCACGGGCCUCCGCCCCUCCACGGUGGUCCUGCGGGCGUGGCCGGGCCCUGCUGCUGCUGUUGCUGCUGGCGGACCAUCCCGCUGUGCCCGGCGCUCUUCGCCCCGCGUCACCGCGCAGGCUCCGCCGCUCGUCCCGGGACUCGCCCGCCACCACCUACCCCAGGCAGGCCUAGCCAGGCCUGGGGUGGGUGCCAGGGCCCCGGGCCUCUAUAAAUUGUACAUGUCACCGAGUGCCUUCAACACAGCUUGUCUCUUGCCUGCCACUGUGUGGAUCCGGCGAUGGAGCCCCGUCGCGCUCGCCCACCCCUCCCGGGCGCGGGCUCAGCGGGUCCGGGCCCCUCCCUCUUAGGGCCCCUGUAAAUAUGUACAUUUCUCAGGCCAGGGCCAGUGGGGGGCUGUCCCAGCCCGUUUUUCAUGCGCUGACUUGUACAAUUAUCUUUUCAAAGGUACUUGGAUAAUAAUGAAAUAAAAUCAUUUUUGAACCUUC